GUGGACUUCCCUACCAUGUCAAACAGUAAUUGUGUUUAAAAUGUUUUCCACAUCUGCAGUCACGAAAUAUAAAAGCUUCAAAAGGCUGACAAAGGUUCAUGGCAACUAAGCAAUGCAAGGGCUCAUGGCAACUAUGCAAUUGCUACCAUUUGCUGCCUCUUACGAGAACUCCAAUGAUAACUCAUGUUGGUUUCAGCAGGAAGAUAGAAGCUUUCACAAGAAGAUUACCAUGCUUGGAAACUACAAUUAUUAAAAGGAAACCAAGUGUCUUCGACAGUUAUCUGAGAAAAAGAAUUAAUGUUGCCACUCAAAAUACACCCGUGACUACAACUCUUGGAUUACUUGAUGCCUUUGAAGAUGAAUAUGAUGGAGCUAUUAUCAAUCCUGAGUGCCUGCCAGACACUUCCUAUGAGUUUGCUGCUAUGCUUCAUUAUUCGCUUUCUUAUUGGAGGCUAAAGGGAAAGAAAGGAAUUUGGCUGAAGAUACUAGAAGAUCAGGCUGAUCUUGUUCCGAUUGCAUUAAAGGCGGGAUUCAGUUACCACCAUGCAGAGCCAGGAUAUGUCAUGCUAACAUACUGGAUUGCCAAUGAGCCUUGUAUGCUGCCUUCUACUGCAACACAUCAAGUUGGUGUAGGAGGAUUUGUCAUCAAUGAGAACAGGGAGGUGCUUGUUGUGAAAGAAAAAUGCCCUCUAAGGUGCUCGUGCAUAUGGAAAUUACCCACUGGUCUUCUUGAUAAGUCUGAAGAUAUUUUUUGUGGAGCCAUAAGAGAAGUCAAGGAAGAAACUGGGAUAGACACUUGUUUCCUGGAAGUGGUAGCUUUCAGGCAUGCACAUCAGGUCAUUUUUGAGAAGUCUGAUUUGCUAUUCAUAUGUAUGCUUAAGCCAUUGUCGUUUGACAUAUCAAUUGAUGCGUUGGAGAUCCAAGCUGCAACGUGGAUGCCUCUCGAUGAGUUCUUAGACCAGCCAUUCCACAGGGAGGACAGAAUGUCGAAGAACAUACUCGAUAUAUGCAUUGCAAGACAUGAAAAUUUAUAUCGCGGAUUCACAGCUAACCGGAUGAUGUCGAAACUUGACGAAAGAUUGUCUUAUCUAUAUUGUGGGGAUAUUUAAGGGGUUAUGGGAAGAAAUUUUGAAAGAAAAGUGAAAAAGAAUUAUUUGAAGUCUGCUCGGGGAGUUGUUCGUUUGAUGGUAUUGUGUGGCCAACUUUAUCCUAAUGUAAUUGAAGAGGCUUGUUAAGAGAUUAAAUAAUAGGUUACUCGUAUGCUAUAGUAAUGGAGUUGUGACUUUUACAUGAAGUCAAACUUGUUGAAUCUGAUUAUGGUUCUCAUGUUGACUUCGAUCAGAUUUAAUGAACAUGGUUGUAUAUGAUUUCAUAGAACUAACGUGCGGGGCUCAACAAUUCCGUAAUGAAACAGAAUUAUUGUGAGCAAGGGGCUUAAACCCACCUAUGCUCGCAGGUUUUGCUGCAA